GGUGAAUUUUGCAUGCGUAGUAACCGCAGGCGGCGUUCAGUGUCGAGUCUCGCAACAAACACUCUCAACUCGAAGCCAGAAUGAUCACCAGCAGAUUCCUGUCGACAAACCUGCUCCGCCAGGCCGGGGCGGCGACGGCGGCUCCACGCGCCGCGGCGCCGUUUAGGGCAACGGCGGCCCCCUGGCGCAUACGCACGCCGCAGCAGGCGCGGUUCCUCUCGGACGGCACGCGCCAGGCGAUCGACAAGGCGGUCGCGUCGGCGCCCGUGGUGCUCUUCAUGAAGGGCACGCCCGAGACCCCGCAGUGCGGCUUCUCGCGCGCCAGCAUCCAGGUGCUCAGCAUGCAGGGCGUCGACCCGGCAAAGUUUGCCGCCUUCAACGUGCUCGAGGACCCGAGCCUGAGGGAAGGUAUCAAGGAGUACUCCGAAUGGCCGACCAUCCCGCAGCUCUACGUCGAGAAGGAGUUCAUCGGCGGCUGCGACAUCCUCGUGUCGAUGCACAAGAGCGGCGAGCUGGCCAAGCUGCUGGCCGAGAAGAAGGUCUUGGCCGAGGAGCCGGCCGAGGAGCCUAGCAAGAGCUCGUGACGAGGGGAUGGGGAAGCAAAAGAUACAUAAUACCAAAGGAGGCCAGAGUAGCGGGCUACGAAUGUACGACAAUCUUUUCUCCCGGACAGGUUAGACUAAUUCUGUACAAUAGCGCCAUCGAGAUUCGUUGCCUGUCAUGGAAACACGAAACCAGGAAGCUGGAUAUGAGAUCACCCAUGCAGCCAUGGGUUCACCGAGCCUGCUCAGAGGGCACUAUCACACUUGGCAGAACAUGUCCCUUCCGGCGUCAGACGAGUGAUGGAGUGAAGCAAAGUACGACUUUUCGAUACCCCUAUACUUGUGAAUAGUACGGCCGAGUUUAUGCA